AUGCAUAAAUAAUUGAAUUCAAUAAGCUUUAUUUCUGCUAAUAGUGGUUUUUCUGAUUUGUAAUCUUGUUCUAUUAUAAAAGGUAAUCAUUAUUAUAUAGCCAAAUCUAUUGAUAACCAUCCAGAAUUAAUUCAACAACUUUUCGAAACUGAAAAACUUUAAAAAUCUAAGAAUAUAUUCUAGGAUCCAGUCAAUCUUAAAAUACUCUAACAUGAUCCUACUAUUGGACCUAAAUAUGAAAAAAAUAAAAUAAUCUCUAGAUCUAUUGUUGGAAAACCUGAUAUAUUCAAAAAAAAAUAAACUAUUCAAUAACUUACUUCAAACUAAGACCUUCUUAUGCCUACUUAAUAGACUAUUUAAAGAGAUUCAAUCAUUUUUAUGAAAAAAGAAUCUCCAUUACAAAGAAGAUUAACAUAAUUAAAAUUUGCAUAAAGUCCUGUCAAGAUUACCAAAUAAACAAAAAACGAAAAUGUAAUCACAGGGUCUGAGUUAAUUAAAAAAAUUACCUAGUUGGAAAAUAGAUUAAUUAAAAAUAAAUUGGACGAAUAAAAAUAUAUUGAUAACAUGCCAUUUUUAGAGAAAUAAAAUUUAUAUCGAGACUAAAGAGCUUUGGAAGACUUUGAUAAGCAUGAAAAAAUACACUCUGAACUACUCUAAUCAUUAUCAGCCCGUAUAUCUAGAAAUCCUAGUUGUUCCCUAAUGAUGGAUUUGUAUUAAUUUAGAAGAAAAUAAGAAUAUUCAAGUACAAAUGAUAAAAUGAGGCAAUUAUCAGAAUUUAAAAAUCAAGAUAUAAUGUAAAAAAUUUAUAAUUAAACUAGAGAAAUGCAAGAACAAAAUCAGAUUCCAUUUUUUAUCUGUUCGGAUAGAUAAUAAAUAAUUAGGAAACCUCACAUUUUCGAAAAAGAUGCCACAAUCUCAACAAUUUUAAAGCAAAAGAAUGAAGAUAAAACCUUCUAGAGUUUCACAACGAAUAGUGUAUUAAAAGAAAAAGAAUUAAAAUAUAAACCUUUAGCAAAAGAUAAAAUUAAGUUAGAUAUAGAUGAAAUGAUGAUAAUUGGAUAAUCUAAAUAUGAAUAGGAAAUCUCUAUAGAUCCUACCUAUAAAUAUGUAAUAAAAGAAAUUGAAAAGCAUCCUGGAAACGAAGAGGAAAUAUUAUGA